AUGGGGAGGCAAAAUCUGAAAAAGGUCGGAAAAGUCAAAGAAGAAGAAUCUAUGAAGAUGUUUCCUUGUGUCUUCGGUUUGAAUAAUUCUUCAGGCAAUAGCACAAAGAGAUCGAAGCCUAAGCUUAUCUAUCUUCUUCUCUUCUCUCUGGUCUCAAGUUGCUUAGUCUUUGCUCCUCAUCUCUUCUAUUUCCCUUACCCCUCUGCUCUGUUUCUCAUCGAUACUUCAAUCAAAGAGAUUGAAGACCGCGUUUCCCAGAACAUUACAGAACCUCCCAAACCAUCGAAUAAUGAAGAUAGCUUUUUGUGUGACAGAACCGGUUAUCGUUCAGACAUCUGUUUCAUGAAAGGCGAUAUCAGAACACACUCUUCUUCUUCCUCCAUCUUCCUCUACACCUCCAAUGAUCUCACCGAUCAUGUCUUGCAAGAAAAAAUCAAACCAUACACCAGAAAAUGGGAAACCAGUAUUAUGGAAACCAUCAACGAGCUGAAACUUGUGAAGCUUUUUGGAGAUAAGCAGCGUAGCUGCCAAGUAACACAUGAAGUCCCCGCCGUAUUAUUCUCUACCGGAGGAUACACCGGAAACCUCUACCAUGAGUUCAACGACGGUCUCAUUCCUCUGUAUAUAACAUCCAAACGUUUCAACAAAAAGGUGGUUUUUGUGAUUUCUGAGUACCACAAGUGGUGGGAGAUGAAGUACGGAGAUGUUCUCUCUCAGCUCUCUGAUUAUCCUCUCAUUGAUUUCUCCAAAGACAAGAGAACUCACUGCUUCAAGGAAGCCAUUGUUGGUCUUAGAAUCCAUGGUGAGCUAACAGUUGAUCCUUCUCUGAUGCAAGAUGGUAAAACAUCCAUCAAUGACUUCAGAAAUCUACUUGAACGAACCUAUAAACCCCGAAUCAACAGACUGGAGAUUGAAGAGGAGCAUCGGCUCCAAGCAAAAGCAGCAAAGAGAAGAAAGACUCAGAGACCAAAGCUAGCAUUGUUUUCAAGAACCGGGUCUCGAGCGAUAACAAACGAAGAUCUGAUGGUGAAGUUGGCUCAGAGGAUUGGGUUUCAAGUCGAGGUUUUGAGACCUGACAGAACAACGGAGCUGGCAAGGAUUUACAAAGUGCUCAACUCAAGCAGUGUCAUGGUUGGUGUACAUGGAGCAGCCAUGACCCAUUUUCUAUUCAUGAAGCCUAGAAGUGUCUUUAUUCAGAUCAUUCCACUGGGGACAGACUGGGCAGCAGAGACAUAUUACGGAGAACCGGCAAAGAAGCUUGGUCUAGACUACGUUGGUUACAAGAUUCUUCCAAGAGAGAGCUCAUUGUCUGACAAAUAUGAUAAGAAUGAUCCAGUUCUAAGAGACCCAAACAGCAUCACUAGGAAAGGAUGGCAAUUCACAAAGGGGAUAUACUUGAACAACCAGCAAGUGAGGUUAGAUCUCCGGAGAUUCAAGAAGAUUUUGGUUGAUGCCUAUGCAAAAUCCAUUAGCUGUUGUUGA